AUGAAAACUUCCAAGAAGAAACGCAAAAUGUUUGAUAGUGGCAAACAGAGAAUUAUUACCAAUGACCAGGUGUCCGAUAGAGAUUACAAACCACAUCGCGUUGCCCAACGUAGUGUCAACGAUCCUAGGCUCCUUCAAGCUGUAUCUAAAAAGCAUAAUUGGCGAGCUAAACACGAGGAAUUUAUUCGCACCAUACACGCCGCUAAAGCAUACAAUUCGGCGGUUAGUCGAGGCGUUCCACCUCCCCCCCCUCCCCCACCGACAAUUAAUCCCGGUAAGACCACAUUCAGUGCGAGUAUUGUCAAAGAAGAUUUAGCGAGAAAGCGGCUGAACGCCAUAUCCCUUUUUGCAAGGAGCAGCAUGCAAGACUUUCUAAUCGUGGCUCAGCGAAUGCGAGAGGAAAGCGGCAGCCCCUAG